AACGAACCAGAUACCAAAAGUUUACAUAGUUCAUACAGGGAAUCUCAACCUUCAUAUGAUGACAUGAAGCUACCAAUCACAACAGACCACUAUAAAGCAAAGUUCACUGCCUUGCUCUAUUAUGAAGAACAGGAACACAUUGAACUACUAAAGAAGAAGUGUGAUGGUAGCUUUGCCUUACAAAAAUGGAAACCACCAUUUUUAAGGCAUGAUGAAAAAAGCUAUCCCCCUCAUUUUUAUUGUCUACAAGGAAUGUCAUCAGCACAGAUUAUGUAUGCUACUCAAGCCAGUGAUCGAUGUGUUACUAUUAGCAUUGGCCGGCGUAGCUAUGUAGCUAAAAUUCUUAGUUGUAAUUAUUCACAUAUUGAUGAUAAGCUAUACAUUUGUUUCAAAGACAGCAUUGGUGGCCAGUCUUCUUUGGCAGUAAAUGCAACAUUUAAUGUUAAUCACCGUUACUUUGAUGGCCUCAAUGAUGGAGUUAAGAGGAUUAGCUCAAAAGUUGUGCGUCGUCUUAUACCUACACCAGAUGAUUUUAAAAGCCCUCCUAGAGAUAUUGCCAUUGACAUUGAAAGGUACCCAUAUAGAGGGAUUGAUCUUGAUCCUGAGCAGAUUCCAGCAUUAGAAGCAAUACUCAGUAACCAGUGUUCAGCUCCUGUACUGAUACCUGGUGCUUUUGGCUGUGGUAAGACUCGUCUUCUUGCUGUGGCUACAGAAUGUUUUUUCAGAGAACAUCACAAGACUGGUCACCGUUCAGCUUGUCGUAUUUUAAUCUGUUGCCAUCAUCAACAUUCUGCUGAUGUUUUUAUGAAAGAAUAUUUUAACAAAAUGCUGUUACACUCAUGGCCAGUAAAAGUUCUACGUGUUACAAGCUCACGAUAUCAUGCUGAAUAUUCCAAUUGUGUUUCGGCAAUUGAUUUUGAUUUAUCACUAUACAGAUGUGAAACCGCCUUUCUAUUGGUCACAACAUUUGGAGGAGCCCUGACAAUAUCUAAACAGGUUGAGCCUGAUUUCUUUACUCAUAUUCUAAUUGAUGAAGGAGCUCAGACUCGUGAACCUGAAGCUCUUAGUCCAUUUCUAAUGGCAAAUAAGAAUACUCGUAUUGUUAUUGCUGGAGACCAUCAGCAGGUUGGUCCUCAAAUUCUUGUUCUUGGUAAAGCUCCUCAGCAGUUUGGUUUAUGUGUGUCACUGUUGCAACGAUUACUAGAGAAGUAUAAAUCUAUCGGAGACAUUACCAAGAGGAACACUCCAUCAUGGAAUAUUAAUUAUCGCUCACAAGCUGACAUUUUAGAGCUACCUUCUAAGUUGUUUUACAAUUCAGAGCUGAGAGCUUGUGGUAGAGUACCAUACCACCUCAAGGCUCCUUAUCCUUAUGUUUUUAUAUGUUCCAGUUUUACUAAUGAUAUUCCAGUUGAUGCUCAGUGUGCUGUAGAGGCUGAUAGACUCCUUCAAGCAGUGCAGCUACACAGUGACAAGUUCAAAAGCUGGGAUCUGAAAGACACUUGCAUUAUGACUCCAAGUUUGAAACAGGCAAACCUUAUUAAAAAAUUGAUAAGGACUAAAUUCAAUAAUUUAGAAGGUGUCAAUGUUAUCACCAGUUAUCAAAUGCAAGGGCAGGAGUACCGUAUGCUUUUCAUGAGUACUGUUGAAAGUUUAGAGCCCAAUGGUCGACCAUUUGAUCCUUUGAAGAGUUUUUGUAAUCCAGCACUAUUCAAUACAGCAAUCACACGCUCUAAAAGUCUUGUAGUAGCUGUAGGUAAUCCUCUUGUACUGCUGUUGUCUGAAGCUACUAUGGAUAAUCUUAAAUGGUGCUGGAGAGAGUUUAUUUCAAGAUGCCUUAAAUAUGAAACAUUUAAAAGUACUCCUUCUGACCGUGCCCAGUUUGAACAAGUAAAAGUACAGUUCUUUGACAUGCUGAAAUGUGAUAAUACAACUGAUGUAAUUAAAUUGUUUCAAAAGAAUGGUUAUUCACAGGAUUGCAUCACAAAGGCUUCUUUACUACCUAAAGCUCCUGUAUUGAUGCCUCCUACUACUCCUUCUAAAAUGCACUCAGCUCAACAGUCCAGUGGGUGGUCAUCAGGUACUCCACCUUCAGUAUCAUAUCAACCAACUCAAGAUAGGAAGCAGCCAUCUUCUCAAGCCAAUCAAGACAUACCUUUUCAAAAUGAAGCAGCACAACCAUGGCCACAACUACAUCUACUACCUUCUCCUUCAGAAAGUAAAAAGCAACUUGCUUCUUCACCACAAGAAGCAAAGAUGCAUCAAUCUCCUACAAAGCAACAGCCUCAUGCGUUUUCACAGCAUCUAGUCAAGCAGCAGCAGUACCCAGCAGUUGAACAAGAGCCGCAUCUUAAAACAGAACAGCAAUAUGCUUAUACAGACCAGCAGCAGAAAUCUAGACAACCAAAAUCUACACACAAAACUAAUUCUCUGCCUCCAUCAAAACAAACUAGUGCAAAAAUAGAACCUGCUCCUCAAAAAUCGUUGUCUUCAAAGAAGCAAAAAGGAAUUAAUACAGCUAUACAGUCUAAACUAGGGCCACCAGUCCUUCAGUUGUCACCAACUGCCUCAUCUCAACAGCAAAAGCAAUCUCCAUGGAAAUCGCUUGAACCUGUUGUUCCCAUUUCAUUACAAUCUACUGUAACAGCUUCAAAAUCCUCACUUGCAGAUAUAAGAACUAGUCAUAUUUCUUCAGAACACUCAAAAUCUCUACAAAACCCUAGGAAUAUUAAUAUUGGUUCUUUUAUUAGUAAUGAGUUACGGGAAACUUUAAGUUCAGUACCCAAUAGAUCCACAAAGAAAGCAACAUCUCGAAAUAAGGUUCCUAUUCCUGAAGUACAUACAACUGAGAAGUCUAUUUCAAUGCACUCCUUCAGAAAGCAUGCCCACUGCCCUAUUAAUGAAGAGCUACUAGCUGCUACAUUAACUCCUAGCAACUAUAAGGAGAAAUUUCACCAGCUAUUGUGUCGGGAAGAAGAUGAACAUGAGAGGAUUCUUAGAGACAAGUGUGAUGGUCUCUAUGAUUUGAAGUUGUCAAGUAUUGACAUAUGUAUGAACAAGCACUUUAGGUGGUAUCAAAACAAGUAUAAAUUGUUUUAUACAAUAUCAAACACACAACUUGAUGCUGAUACAAUAGCUUAUGCUAUGCAGGCAAGUGAAUGCAUAGUUAUUCUCCAUUUGUCUACUGGAGAUAAGCACGAAGCAAAUAUUCUCCAGACAAGAAACAAAAAUAGCCUUUAUUUUUUACUGGGGCUCACAACAAAUCCCGGAGUUAAACAAGAAUCAAAUGUCAAUGUGACCUUCAUUUUAAAAUACUCUUAUUUUGAUCGUCUUCAUCGAGCCUUAGAUAGUUUGCCUCCAGCUGUACUUAAUCGUUUAAUGCCAAAUGACCCUUGUCAUUUUAGUAAUGUGGUGUUGAAUGAUGAAGAUAUUCCUCCUAUUAAAUGUGUUCGUGACAUAGUCAAAUUAGAAUAUUCACAGAGGAAGGCACUUAAGUCUAUAAUGAGCUGUGAAGCUAACAAAGCACCUGUUUUAAUUAUAGGUUCAUUUGGAACUGGUAAAACUCAGUUGCUAGCUCGUGCUGCAUACCAAGUAUUACAACAAAAUCGAAAGAACAGGAUUCUUAUCUGUGCCCAUCAUCAGCGCUCCGCGGACACCUUUAUGGCUAAUUACUUUUCAAAAAUGAUUGAUUCUGGUUGGCGUUGUGGCAAAGUUGUUCGCUUGGUACCAAUGGAAUACCAUCCUCCUUCAUCUUGUGUAGAGUAUUAUGUUACAAUUACAGAUAUUAAGUGUUCGAGAAAUGAGCUACAAAACAUUAGUUUAAUUGUAACAACAUUUUCUUCUUCACUUAAUUUGCUUGGAGUUGUCCCUAAAGGCUUUUUCAGUCAUAUUUUGCUGGAUGAAGGUGCUCAAACUCGUGAACCUGAAUCUGUGGCUCCUCUUUGUUUAGCUGACGGUAAUACACAAAUUGUAAUUGCAGGAGACCACAAACAAGUUGGUCCCUCUUUGUUAGUGCUUGGUGAACUAGCUAUUAAAAAUGGUCUUAGUCUGUCAUUGCUGGAGAGACUGCAUACUCUUUAUAAUGAUGAUAGAUUAUCUGAUGCUUCAUCAGUACAUUCUGCUACUCUUCUCACUAAUUUUAGAUGUCACCAUGCUAUACUGUCUCUUCCAUCUUACUUAUUUUAUGAUUCUGCAUUGAUUACUGCUGCUGAAGCUGUCACUCAUCUUCAUCCUGAAGCUAAAUACCCUCUUCAUUUUAUAUGCUCUGAUCUAAGUGAAGCUAAAGAAGUACAUAGUAACACAGAUGAGUUUGAAGUCAGACUAUUACUACAAGAACUGAGUAAAUAUGUUAAGAGCUGGCCAAAUCAAUGGGGUAAAAUGGAUCUUUCUAAAAUUUGUGUUAUGACAACAACAGCUCACCAAAAAAUUAGAGUUAUUCAAGUAUUGUCUUAUGAUUAUUUAAAUUUUGAAGAUAUUGAUGUUCGGACUGUUUUUGAUAUUCAAGGUUGUGAGUAUGAGGCAAUUUUUCUUAGUACAGCAGAGCCUACUACAAGAGAAGGCAAAUCUAAAAAUCCAACCAAGACACCUUGCAGUCAAUAUGUAUUCAAUACUGCAUUAACACGUGCUAAAUCGCUUGUAGUAUGUGCUGGUAAUCCGUUUCUGUUGAUGACAAUAGAAGAAAGCAUGGGUAAUGAAUGCUCUUGUUGGAAAGAGUACAUUAGAAGGUGUAUUCUUUCUAAAACCUUUUUAGUGCCUUCAAAACUUCAACAUAAAGCAGAUCAGGCUAUCAUUUCUGAUAAAAUUAAAAUGUUGCAAGAGAUGAUUUUUAAGUUGUCACCUGAUUUAAUGACAAAUGGGUCUUUUUCUGGUAAAGAUAGCAUAUUGAAAUCAUUUCAACAAGCAUUAAAAUCUAUACCACAGUACAAAAACUGCAAAUUAAAAAUUGUUCAAGACGUACAUGUAGGUGAGCAUUGGAAUAUUAUAGACUCUGGCUCAUCUGACAUUGAUAAAAAGGAACCAAAUGAGAACAAAAAGAAUGAAAGUGAGGAAGAAGGUGAAAAAGAAGGUAUUUUUGAUUGUGAAUUACAAAUGAAAAGCUAUCGCUCAGCAAUUGCAGUUCCACUUGAUCAGUCAAAGGAGCCCAUAGUUAUUAAUGGAUUAAAUAAUAGAAAAGGAGCUUUUAAUAAUGAUAUAGUGCAAGUCGAAGUUACUGUAUUUAAUUCUCAAUCUGCAUCUGGUGAUGAUGAAGCAGUGGUUUUAAGGUCUGGUAGGGUAGUAAAAGUUAUUAAAGAGCAACAUCCAACUAGGUAUGUAUGCCGUGCUGAUCAAUAUGGCCUAAUUAACUUUUACCCUCUUGAUAAAACUGCUCCUGUAAUUGUAAACCUUCCAAAAAUAUCUGACAACCUUCUUCGAUAUCGUCCAAAAGAUGAUCAGGCCCCAAUGGUGCAUGAUUACAUUACAGUGUUUAAAGAGGAGUCACUUUCAGUCUUACCUAAUGAUCAGAUUCCUUGUAUUAAGGAGCUCAUACCGUUUGAAUUGUCUCAGAGUCUCUUGUUUGUUGUUGAGGUCCUCGGUUGGAAUCCAAAAUAUCGAAAAGCACUAGGAGCUGUCAUUGAAGCUGUUCCACGCACGUCAAACCUUUUCUUUACUAAUCACUUGCUUAGCCUUGUAUAUGGCAUUCAUGAAGAAGAUGAAAAAGUACAUGCACCACUUCAAGCACCAAAUGAAACUAACCAGCUUCAUCAUUAUAACAGAGCAUUUACCAUUGAUCCUCCUUUAUCUAAAGAUUUAGAUGAUGCAGUCAGUUUGACACCUCUUCCUCAAGAUGGCAAUUAUGAGCUGGCAGUUCUUAUAGCUAAUGUUGCCAAACAUAUAAAUGAAAACCAUCCUUUAGACAAGAAAGCUAAACAGAGGGGGACAUCUGUAUAUGGUGCUAAACAGAAUGGUGCAUCAUAUGGCAUUGGACGAGUAAGGCACAUGUUUCCAUCCAGUAUCACAUCUCAAUUGAGCCUUGACUAUUUGAAAAAACGGCAUGCUUUAUGUCUACCAGCUAAAGUACUCAUUGAAAAAGGAGUGGUAACUAGUGUAGUGUCUGGCAAUCCAAAGGAAGCAAUGGUCACUUCUCAAGUACGAUUCACUUAUGAAUCUGCUAAAAAGGUAAUGCAUAAUGAAACGGUUGAUGAUGAGACAAGAAGGCAAGUUGAAGCAUUUGAUGCUGCCAGCAGACCAAGCUUAUUAAUGGCUAAUACUCUUAAUCUACUGUAUAAGAUAGCUAUGUACUUACGCAUUAAGAGGUUAGGUGAUGCUGGUUACUGUUAUGGCCAAUCUGAGGAAGGUGAAGAGACUAACUGGCAGACUCAUCUUCUUAUAGAAGAAUUAAUGAUAUUUUGUAAUGCAGCAAUAGCUAAAUAUCUUCAUGAGAAACUUCCACAACAAACUGCCCUUUUACGAGCUCAAAUGCCACCUUUAAAAGAAGAAAAGCAAAAUUUUAUGGAGCUGAAUCAAAACUUCCUGGCUCACUCCCUGUCUUUUAAGUGUUAUUUAAAAGAUUCAACUAAUGAAGCAGGUUCUUUAAUUAUGCCUAGUACUACACUUCAGCUACUUAUUGAUGCAUGCUCUGAGGGAGAUCACAUUCAAUUAGCUUCAAUUCUUAGCAAUAAUAAGCUUUAUCCACAGUUAGCAAUGGCUGAAGCUAUGUUGCGAUUGAUCAGCAGAAAAGCCAGUUAUGUUGUGAUUGAAAAGAGCAAAGAACAUAUCUGUGCUAAUCAUUCUCAUAAUAGCCUUGCACUACCAGCAUAUACACAUUUUACAUCGCCUAUAAGGAGAUACUUUGAUCUGGUUGUGCAAAGAUUAGUAACAUCACUCAUUGAAGGAAAGCCUAUAGCUGAGAAUUCUGAGCUUGCAAAGUUGUGCUCUCAACUGAAUGUCAGGAACAAAAUUGCUAAAGAUUUUGAAAGGGCUGAAAAUAAAGCAUGUAUAACCAGAAGCUGUGAAAUCUCACUAGAGAGAGCAGAGGCUUUUGUGAUCAAAUCUUCCAAGAAAAGCAAUGACUCGUUUGAAUUAUCUUUCACUUCAAGUCAUUAUCAGUGUAUUCAUAGCCAAGACACAUCAUUUAGCAUAUCAGAUCUUAAUUUUCAUCACACAAUUGAAGAUGGAGCUACUAAAUCUAUUGUAUGGGAAAUAGUAUCAAUAUCAUUACGUCAAUCCUUUAACCUCUUCUCUCAUCCUGAUGUAAUUGACAUGCCUCCUGCUACUCUCAAAGCUCCUCGUUGCUCUAUUGCUGCUAAAAUGUAUCAUUACACACAAGGGCUUGAAGAAGGAGAACCACAGAUUCAUUAUUUUAAUGCUAAUUUUGCAGUUCAUGAUAAAGGUAUUACUCUUAGUCCAGAAUGCUGGCUUGUAACACACCAGUAUCUUAAGUAUCAAAAUGAAGACAAUUUUAAAGAAGUAAAAAGUUUAAUUCUCCAAUUGCAACAAGAAGCCAAUAAAGACAAACCCCAGUCAAGAAGUGAUGAAGAGAGUGUUGCAAUAAAGUAUAAAAUUCAACGACCUUUUAUAGCUAAUGAUAUAGUGACAGUUUGGCUAGGAAAGUCUCUUAAAGAGUGUCUCCCUGUACCAGCUAUUCAAUUAAUGGAGAUAGCACCAACAGUUCGCGUGUGCCUUCAACAUAACAAGAAUCCUUCUCUCUGCUUCUCUGAUAUUCAGCUACAGAAAGCAUCACGUGAUACAGCAUAUCACUCAAUAGAACAGUAUGUAGAGCUUUGGAGUAAAGUGUUAAUUGCUGAGUCUGCUAAUGAAAGUGUCAAAACAAAAAAUCUCGUAUUCAUCAGACACGCUCCUUUAAAAUGGAAGAAAUUUACUCGAGUUGAUAAUUGUGUUGAUGAUCCUUACUACUUACCAAAUGAUGUUUCUCUUGUCAUACCUCCUAGGAAUCAAGACUCUUUGGAUUUCAUUAGUAUCAAAUCUGGUGACUUCCUUUGUGUUCGAUAUGAGAUUAGUGAUAGCCUCAAUGCUGUUUAUCAUUUUGUUGUAACCAAAGUGAAGCGAAAUGAAAAUAAGAAAACAAAGAAAAAGGAUGAAGAUGUUAUAAUAAGAAUGUGUGCUGAAGGUGACCACUCAUGUAGAGUCACAGAGAAUAUGUAUCAAGAAUUGAAAAAAGGAAACCAAAAUUGUGAGAUACAGAUAAUACCAAUGCCUGAUUCGUUUCACCGAGUGUAUGGAAGAUUAAAGGAAGCAUUGAGGGUUGGUGACAACUGGUCCAGCCUUUCCAAAACUAUUGCAGUUUCUGACACAAGAUCAAUAGAUUUUAAUAAAUUCACUGUUGUGAAAAAGCAAUCUAAGAUCUCACUAAAAGUGUUCAAUAAUAAUCCACUAGCAAAGCAACUUUGGAAAGGAGAGGGUGGCAUUGAAUUAAAUCCUAUACAGCAAGAUUCAAUUAAAAGAGCACUAAGGAAUAGGUUUCAGUUGAUUCAAGGACCUCCAGGUACAGGAAAGAGUGAGACUGGGGCACAUUUAGCUUACAUUUUUUCAAUAACAAAUAAAGAAAUAUCUAAAGAAGAUCCAACCUCUUUUUUUAAGUCAGUACUGUAUUGUGGUCCCUCUAACAAAUCAGUAGAUGUGGUUCAUAAAAACUUGCAUUUAUUAAAUGAGAAAUUGGGGAGCAAAAAAUUAAAAAUUCUUCGUAUUUAUGGACGUACUCAUGAGCGUAUGGACUGCCCAGAUCCUGUUUUUGUACUGACACAAGAAAGAGCAGAGAGAGAUGAUAAUGAUGGUGGUCGUGUCUUAGAAGAAUUUCGUAAUGAAUCUCUACACAUAAUAAUAAGGCAAAAUUUCCCUGAAAUAAGAGCUACUGAGACAAAACUACAAAAACUUUUGAGUCAAAGUAUCAUUCCAUCAUCAACUGAAAGAAAGAAUUAUAAAGAUAUGAUAACUUCUUCAGAGAAAAGGGAAAUUCAAAAUAAUUAUGAUGUUAUUCUUUGCACUUGUAAUGAAACAUGCAGUCAACGAUUGUUGAGUUCCAAAGACAUACUAGCUCAGUGUAUAAUAGAUGAGUCUGGUAUGGCCACUGAGCCUGAGACAAUAGCUGCAAGCAGUUUAUGUGAACAUGUAGUGCUGAUAGGAGAUCACAAGCAGCUACAACCAGUCAUAAAAUAUCCUCCAGCCAAAGAGUGUGGCCUGGGUACUUCAUUGUUUGAAAGAUAUGCCAACCAGUUUGAGAGAUGUGCUGAAAGUCAAGAUCCUUACUUGAUAACAUUGGAGCUACAAUAUAGAAUGCAUUCAUUCAUAUGCCAAGGACCAUCGAGUAUUUUCUAUAAUAGUAAAUUAAAGGCUGAUCAAAUUGUCAAAGAAAGACGUCCACUAACUCAAUCCAUAGAUUUGUUUUGGUCUAGAGGACAGCAAUACCCUGUUCUGUUUCUGAAAGUUUAUGGAGUAGAGAAAUUUACUGAUAGCAAGUAUUCGAAAAAAGUAGAUUCUCAUUCUAAAUGCAAUGAGCAGGAAGCUAAAGCAGUGUUAAAAUAUAUUACAAAGUUGGUGAUGAAUCAUGAUGUUGAGCAUGAGAGCAUAGCUGUCCUCACUCCUUAUGGGGCACAAAAGAACCUUGUUGUUGACAUGAUAAAGAAUGACCCUGUGCUUAAAACAAAGUGGAAAAGUUUAAGAGUUGCUACUAUUGUUGAGAGUCAAGGUGAUGAGUAUGAUAUUGUUAUACUAACAACUGUCAGAUCACAAAAACUCAGUGAAAUCAGUCAUAAAGAGUACAUUCAACCUGACAGGAGAUGGUUAACAGAAAAUCUUGGUUUCCUGACUGAUGAUCAUCAGAUCAAUGUUGGUAUCACUCGUGCUAGAUAUGGGCUUAUAAUCAUUGGUAAUGAUAGAUUACUGAGGUAUGACAAGACAUGGAAUAGACUGAUUAAAUUUUAUGAAGAUAAAGGAUGUACUCGUAUGAUAGACUUUUAAGUUAUAAUUAUAGUAUAAUAUAGAUCUAUAUAAUGUAGUAUUAUUUAGCAUUUUCUUUAUUCAGGUGGCUGGUAUUCAUCAUGUACUCAUGUACAUUUUUGUCA